AUGGAUAUUAAUGAAAAAUCCAUUAAUAGUAAAAACAUUGUUGAUAGAAAUUCCACAAAUAAAGAAAAUAAGAAAUGUGAUAUAAAUAAGAAUGGAGAAAAUGAAAAAGGGGAAAAGAAAGGGGACGAUGAUGAUAAUAAUAAUAAUAAUGAAAGGAACACAGAUGGAAUAAUCAUCAGUACUAAGAAUAUAUUUUUGUUUCAAUUAUUUUUGUUUGUGUUAUAUUUUUUUGUAUUGUUGAUUGGCUCUUUUAAUUUUUCGUUUAAAUUAGUUCAAGUUAAGGAAAAACAUUUAUAUGAACUUAUGCAGGACAUCCAAAAUGUGUCAUCGUGUGUGUAUAGCACUAAUUACACAAGUUAUACAGGUGUAAAUAAAAAAAAUAUUUUUUAUGAAAAUACGAAUAAAUUAAUAGAUAACAAUGAUGAUAAUUAUCUUUCAAAUAUAAAUUUUAAAUAUUAUUUUACUAGAGAAAAAAGUAAUAAAAGUGAGAUAAAAAAGACAAAAAAAGUAGCAAAAAAUAAAAAUAUUAAGUUAUUUAUAUGCUUAAAUAAAGAAAAAUACACAUUUUCUCAAAUCGACAACCCAUAUAACAUAAUUUUAAGUUAUAAAAUGUAUAUAUAUAAAAUUUAUACAUUUAUUUAUAACGAAAUUAAAAAUGCUUUUAUGUAUAAUGAAAAACAUGGUGAUGUAGGUAUUGUACAUAGUGAGCUAAUAAAACAAAACAAUUUCAAUUAUUACAAAAAUGAAGAAAUUGCUAAAUAUUCUUACUAUAAUUAUUUGUUGCAAAAUGGAAAUGAUUCGUAUAAAAAAUCUUAUAUUAAUGUAGAAUCAUUGUUUUAUAUUUAUCUUAAUGAUAUUUGUCGAAACCAUAAUUUUAGAGUCAUAACACGGGAAGGUAAUAAUAAUAGGUAUGAUAAUAAGGUGAGUCAUGAUGAAGAAAAAAAAAAUGGGAUUCAAAAUACUAGCAAACAUAAUGAAAAUAGCUUUAAGAAUAUACAAAAUGGUAAUAUAAAUGAUAUAACACUAUUAAUUAAGCAUAUACAUAAAUAUUUUAAUGAAAAGGAACUAGUAAAUAUAUUACACGAAAUGUAUCUUGGUGUUUGUAAAGACCAAAAUAUUAUAACUAAUUAUUCCCAAAACACAAGCAAUUUAAAAGUAGAAAAAAAUCCAAAGGAUUACAUAAGCGAUCAUCUAACUUAUGAAGAAUAUUAUGAUCUAUAUGUUAAAAUUGAAAAUAUGAGAAAUUUUAGUAAAUAUAAUAUUUUUAUGAAUAAUUUGAGAAAAAAAAUGAAAGUCAUAGAAAAUUUAAAAGGAUUAAAUAUGUGUAAAAGAAAAUAUUUAAAGAAUUUAAAAAAUAUCCCUUUAUAUUUUUUUCUUGAUGAUUUUUUACACACACCAUGCUAUACUUAUAGCAAAAUAAUAAGUAACAUAUUGAGAUAUUAUUAUAAUGGAAUAUUUUUAUACUUAAUAAUAUUUAUUGGCUGUAUUCACGUCUUUUUUUCCCCAUUCCCCAUAACUCUUGUUCAUUGCCGAAGAUUUUGUAUAUAUUUUUUUAUAAUAAUGUAUCGUUUAUUUAUUUUAUAUUUCAUUCCAUCGAUAAUUCAAUAUAUAAUUUAUGAGCUUCGUUAUUUUAAAGAAGAAGAUUAUAUGCACAUAUUUGACUAUUCAGAUCACGUUAUAUUAUUUACAACGUUAUUAUUUAUCAUAUCACUUGAAAUUAAAGCAAUUCAAUACACUAUCAAGCAUCAAAAAAUAAAUUCCGAAUAUUUUCAUUUUAGAUAUAAUAGAAAAUUAUGUAUAUUAUUAUUAAGAUGUAUUAUGUAUUAUUAUUAUAUACUUAUUUGCUUUUUCUUAUAUACAAGUUAUUACACAGCUAAAUAUUUUCAUACAACAAAUGAAAUAUUUGUUGCAUAUUUUUUUUCAGCAUUUUCGAUAUUCUUUUUCUUUUAUCUAUUUUUAUAUAAAAAUUAUUUCAAUUUUUACAGUAUAGGGAUGACAUCCUAUCCUGAUACAAAUACUCAAAUUAAGUUACCUUCUUUCCAUUCUCCUUUACAUACACAUGAUAUGUAUAAUAUUUUACGUGAUAAAAUCCCAAUAAAUUGA